UUGCAAAGUUUGAGGAGGCCAAUAUUUCUCCCCACCUUCUAUUUGCUGUGAGCAGACAGUUGGUGAACACUUGACGGCUUCAUUUGCAAGGACACGCCCCCUCUGACGCGGAGUAGGACGUCCUGACUCCGGCCAGCCCGACCCCAGACCCAGACCCGGACCCGGACCACUGGUUGAGUGCUCCACUUGUGUCGGGAGUCCAGGAGCAAGAUGGAAGUGUUGCGUGAGGACUCCCGCUGACUCUUCCAGGCUGAAGGUCGGGAUCAUUGGUGCGCUUCUGGAGACAAUUGGUCCUCCAGCAGAUGAGAAGUUGGGAAUUGUUGCCACAUUCCAGCAGAUGAGAAGUUGGGAAUUGUUGCCACAUUCCAGCAGAUGAGAAGUUGGGAAUUGUUGCCACAUUCCAGCAGAUGAGAAGUUGGGAAUUGUUGCCACAUUCCAGCAGCUCCUAGCCGGCGUGUCAGCGCGGGCGUGACGUCACAAUGCUGCUCGCCCUGGUGGUCGCGGCUCUCCUGCGGCUGCCCGCGGACGUGCAGGCCAGCGGCGAGUUCUGCCACGGCUGGCAGGACCCCCAGGCCGGCUGGAAGGAAGGCUUCCAGUGCCCGGAGAAGAUCGACGGGCUGGACGCCAUCAUCUGCUGCGGGAAGUGCGAGCUGCGCUACUGCUGCUCCAGCACCGAGGCGCGCCUGGACCAGGGCGGCUGCGACGACCACCGCCGGGACCCGGGACCGGGGACCGAGAGCAAGGAGGCCGAGGACUCCGGUGCAGUGCCCAUCUACGUGCCCUUCCUCAUCGUGGGCUCGGUGUUCGUGGCCUUCAUCCUGGUGGGCGCCGUGGUCGCCAUGUGCUGCUGCCGCUGCCUGCGGCCCAAGCAGGAGUUGGCCUCCAUGGGCGGGGCCUCAGGGGGGGCCCGCCUCCUGGAGACCAUUCCGAUGAUGUCCAACACCUCCAGGGGAUCGUCGUCCCGCCAGUCCAGCACCGCCACGUCCUCCGGCUCCUCCGCCACCCCCCGCCCCCCUGGGCCCCCCCUGCUUCGGGCGCAGGCCACCUGCUGCCUGCCGCCGGACGCCAGCGUCUUCGUCAACAUGCCCACCAACUUCUCCGUCCUCAACUGCCAGCAGGCCACGCAGAUCAUGCCCCAGCAGGGACACUUCCUGCACCCGCAGUACGUGGGCUACAUGGCCCCGCCUCCCGCCUUCAUGGACCCCGCGCAAGGCGGCUACAGACCCCUGCGCUCCCCCAGUCCUCCUCAGGUGGGGGCCCAGCACAAGAACCCUCCAGUCACCGUCUGAUCCUCUCACCUUGGAGCUGGACAAACAUGUCGUCUGUUUGCUGUCACGCCAGACACUAAAUACUUGCAAGUAUCAGGGGGGGGGCGGGGCUUCCUUCACACACUGGCUGUCUGUCUCUCUGUCUGUCUGUCUGUCUGUGUGUCUCUCUGUGUGUGUGUAAUGAAGUGAGCACAGGUGACGUCUGGGAGGCUCCGCCCACCAGCUGGUAAAAGAGACACAAGUAGAAAGUUCCACUAAAACAUGUCCACACCUACAAGAUGCAGUCACUUCUUACCCUCUUUCUUACCCUCUUUCACACUUGUUACACUACUUUGUUACCCUCUUUCUUACCUUAUUACACUACUUUGUUACCCUCUUUCACACUUGUUACACUACUUUGUUACCCUACUUCACACUUGUUACACUACUUUGUUACCCUCUUUCUUACCUUAUUACACUACUUUGUUACCCUCUUUCACACUUGUUACACUACUUUGUUACCCUACUUCACACUUGUUACACUACUUUGUUACCCUAUUUCACACUUGUUACACUACUUUGUUACCCUACUUCACACUUGUUACACUACUUUGUUACCCUAUUUCACACUCGUUACACUACUUUGUUACCCUACUUCACACUUGUUACACUACUUUGUUACCCUACUUCACACUUGUUACACUACUUUGUUACCCUAUUUCACACUCGUUACACUACUUUGUUACCCUACUUCACACUUGUUACACUACUUUGUUACCCUACUUCACACUUGUUACACUACUUUGUUACCCUACUUCACACUUGUUACACUACUUUGUUACCCUAUUUCACACUCGUUACACUACUUUGUUACCCUAUUUCACACUUGUUACACUACUUUGUUACCCUACUUCACACUUGUUACACUACUUUGUUACCCUAUUUCACACUCGUUACACUACUUUGUUACCCUACUUCACACUUGUUACACUACUUUGUUACCCUACUUCACACUUGUUACACUACUUUGUUACCCUCUUUCACACAUGUUACACUACUUUGUUACCCUCUUUCACACAUGUUACACUACUUUGUUACCCUCUUUCACACUUGUUACACUACUUUGUUACCCUAUUUCACACAUGUUACACUACUUUGUUACCCUACUUCACACUUGUUACACUACUUUGUUACCCUACUUCACACUUGUUACACUACUUUGUUACCCUAUUUCACACUCGUUACACUACUUUGUUACCCUACUUCACACUUGUUACACUACUUUGUUACCCUACUUCACACUUGUUACACUACUUUGUUACCCUACUUCACACUUGUUACACUACUUUGUUACCCUAUUUCACACUCGUUACACUACUUUGUUACCCUAUUUCACACUUGUUACACUACUUUGUUACCCUACUUCACACUUGUUACACUACUUUGUUACCCUAUUUCACACUCGUUACACUACUUUGUUACCCUACUUCACACUUGUUACACUACUUUGUUACCCUACUUCACACUUGUUACACUACUUUGUUACCCUCUUUCACACAUGUUACACUACUUUGUUACCCUCUUUCACACAUGUUACACUACUUUGUUACCCUCUUUCACACUUGUUACACUACUUUGUUACCCUAUUUCACACUUGUUACAGUAGCGAUGAGAUCAUGCUGGUGUCUGCAGGGAUGACUUUGUAAAACAUUGGACUUGUUUGAGAACAUUUUUGUCAUGUGAUUGUGACCCAUUCAUCCUUUGUUACCUUUUAUUUCUCACCUGUUACCUGAUUCAAUACUUCUUGCCCCAUUUAAUAUUUGACAGGACAAACAGGAUUUCAAAAUAAAAGCCCACAGGGAGGAGAGAGUGUUGAAUGGCUGCAAGUGUGGUUUAAAAUAAACAUUUCACUGAG